AUGUGGUACUCGUUGUCUCUACUGUUGUUGACGGCCUCGACUGCCACCGCUAGCUAUGCGGGCAAUCUCAACUACCGCAGUCCCUCUUACAACCACCCUGAAUUGGGGGUUUCGAUCCGCAAGGUAGCCAAGCGGGGUGAGCCGACAUCGGCCUUUGAUCCUGCUAAAUUGAACUUUACCCACGGUGUUGCUUCAGGUGAUCCCUAUGCUGAGUCGGUCAUCUUGUGGACACGAUGUGCCCCCAGCUUUGAUGAUGUCAAUGACAACAGUACUACAUCUGGACUGGUUCCUCUGUACAACCCAGUGCCUAUCUACUCGGGCAAGCACAAGAGCCAGCCAGUCUCCAAGGCGCCCGUCUGCUUGAACUACAAGGUUUCUCGUGAUGCUGGCAUGAAGAAAGUUGUCUCGGAGGGUACCGCAUUUACCAGCUCUGAUAUUGACUACACUGUCAAGGUCGAGGCAACCAAGUUGAAGCCGUUUACCACAUACUAUUAUCAGUUCAACGUGUGCAACUCGGACAACAAGAGUCCCAUUGGACGGACCAAGACUGCUCCUGCACCUAAGGAUGAUGUUAACAACAUCAACCUGGCUGUGUACUCCUGCAGUAACUAUCCUUUUGGCUUCUUCAACGGUUAUGGAAACCCUGUGAGGAAGGACUCUGUGGACUACGUUGUGCAUCUGGGUGACUACAUCUACGAAUAUGGAAACGGCGAAUAUGGCUGGGGCAACAGUUUGGGACGCAUUCCUCAACCGGACCGAACCAUUUUCUCUCUCUACGAUUACCGCAAGCGCUUGGCAACUUAUAGAACCGAUUUGGAUCUUCAGUUGAGCCAUCAGAACUAUGCUUGGAUUCCAGUUUGGGAUGACCACGAGGUUUCUGACAACACUUAUCGCGACGGAUCCUCCAAGCUCCACAACGAUGAGGAGUCCUUCCUCACGCAUGGAGGAGUGUCGGUUGAUCAACGCAAGAUGAACGCCGUUCGUGCCUAUUUUGAAUGGAUGCCAAUCCGACAAGUUGAGAUGGAUGACAACCUUCGUAUCUGGAGAAACUUUCAGCUCGGUUCUCUCGUUGACCUUAUCAUGCUGGACACCAGGCAGUAUGAUCGCUCUAUCACCGACACCUACGACAAUACCGACUAUAUCUAUGAGAUCGCCAACGACGCUGGUCGAACCCUGAUGGGUAGUCGCCAGGAGAACUGGUUCUACCGCAAUUUGAUCGAUUCGGCUAAGCGAGGUGCCCACUGGCGCAUUAUUGGUAGCCAGAUUAUCUUCUCUCGGCUCAACCAGUCCAUUGCCAACAGUGAACAUCCUCUGAACGUCGACGCGUGGGAUGGAUAUCUGGCCAACAAGAACCGCACACUCCAAACCCUCUACGACAAUCAGAUUGGCAACAAUAUCAUGAUUGCCGGAGACUCUCAUGCAAACUGGGUGAGCGACGUGGCCUGGAUCGAUAACAAGCCGUACGAUCCCAAGACCGGCGCCGGCGCCAUUGGUGUUGAAUUUGCCGGUACUGCACUCACCUCCCCCUCGCCAUACGGACAGAACAUUACGAUUGCCGAUGCCAACAAGGCCUCCAAGGCUCUUGUCACUGACAAUGAAGAGCUUCACUGGUCGGAGCUCUACUACCGCGGAUACUUUGAGCUCCAUAUCACGCCUAAGGAGGUAGAAGCCCGCUUCUUCGGUCUACCCAACAUCAAGGAGCGUCACGGCGAGGAGAUUUCCCUUGCCAACUUCACCGUCAAGAGCGGUGCCAAUCAUCUGGAACGCAACUCCAACGGCGUGGUGGGCGGAGGCACUGUGGCCAACGGAUGGCUCAAGAAUGGGCAGCUGGUUCCUACCAACCAGACGAAUAACACUUAUGGCCGGUAG